GGCAUUUUGGUCCACAAGGACCACACACACUCUCUCUCUCUCUCUAUUCUUCUUAAACAAAACCCAUAGCUUCUCUCACGUUAACCACCAUACCCAUACAACAAAAAAAUCUCAACCACCACAAACACAAAAAACUCAACAACUAUGAAGAAACAAAAAAACCCAAACCCAUUCGAAUCACUCUCAGAGGAACUCGUCUUCACAAUCCUCGACCUUCUCGAAAAUUCACAAUCCAAAAAAUCCUUCUCUUCAUGUUGCAAGUGGUUCCACGCGCUCGAAUCAAAACACCGACGCGCUCUCCGUCCCUUACGCGCCGAAUACAUACCAUCAAUCCUCGCGCGUUACUCUUCCGUUGAAAAUCUCGAUCUCACACUUUGUCCGCGCGUGAACGACACCACACUCUCUCUAAUCGCCAGAGCGUACAGAGAUACGCUCCGCCGAGUCGAUUUAUCGCGGUCGAGAUUUUUCACCGGAACCGGAGUUUUAAACCUCGCCGUUAAUUGUUUGAAUUUAGUGGAGCUCGAUUUGUCGAACGCGACGGAGUUGAGAGACGCGGCGAUGGUCGGCGUUGCACGCGCCGGGAAUUUGGAGAAACUUUGGUUGAAUAGGUGUAAGAUGGUUACUGAUAUGGGGAUUGGGUGUGUUGCUGUUGGUUGUAGGAAAUUGAAAUUGAUUAGUUUGAAAUGGUGUGUUGGUGUUGCUGAUUUAGGUGUUGAUUUGAUUGCUAUUAAGUGUAAAGAGCUUCGUUCUAUGGAUCUCUCUUAUUUGCCUAUCACAGAGAAAUGUCUCUCCUCGAUCUUCAAAUUGCAACAUCUUGAAGAUUUGGUGCUUGAAGGAUGCUUUGGCAUUGGUGAUGACAGCCUCAAUAACUUAGUCUUCAAUGAAGGGGGCAAGACAUUAAAGAAACUUGAUAUCUCAGGUUGUCAAAAUAUAAGUCAUAUUGGUCUGUCAAAGCUAACAAGGAUUUCUGGAUGUGUAGAACGACUUGUUUUAGCAGAUGGUUCUCCUGUGAUUCUAGCUCUUGCAAAUAGUUUGAAUAAACUUUCCAUGUUGCAAUCCAUCAUAUUAGAUGGCUGCAUUGUUACCUCCGAUGGAUUAAAGGCAAUUGGAAAUUUGUGCAUUUCACUCAAGGAACUAAGUUUAAGCAAAUGUUUGGGAGUAACCGAUAAAGCUCUCUCUUUCGUUGUGUCAAAACACAGGGAUUUAAGGAAGCUCGACGUCACAUGCUGCCGCAAGAUAACUGAUUUUUCGAUUGCUAGCAUUGCAAAUUCAUGCAGAAGUCUCACUUCUCUAAAAAUGGAGUCAUGUACUCUAGUUCCAUCAGAAGCGUAUAUAUUGAUCGGACAGAAAUGCCAUUAUCUUGAGGAGCUUGACCUCACAGAUAAUGAAAUUGAUGAUGAAGGCCUUGAGUCCAUAGCUCGUUGUUCCAGGCUCUCCAGCCUGAAACUAGGAAUUUGCUUGAACAUAACUGAUAGAGGAAUUGCCAGUGUUGCCAUGUGUUGCUCAAAGUUAAAGGAAUUGGAUCUAUACAGAUCGACAGGAGUAACAGAUUUAGGAAUUUCAGCAAUUGCUUCUGGUUGCCCUGAGCUUGAGAUGAUAAAUGCCGCUUACUGCACUAGCAUUACCGAUAGGGCAUUAUUCUGCUUGUCAAAAUGUCCAAAUUUGCAGACACUUGAAAUCCGCGGAUGUCUUCUUGUUACAUCUAUAGGUUUGGCAUCUAUUGCAAUGAAUUGCAGACAACUAAACCGCCUAGACAUAAAAAAGUGUUACAACAUUGAUGAUAGUGGUAUGAUUCCACUAUCUCAUUUCUCCCAAAAUCUAAGACAGAUAAACUUGUCAUAUAGCUCUGUUACGGAUGUGGGGCUUCUGUCACUUGCUGGUAUCCCAUGCCUUCAAAACUUUACACUGCUUCACUUGCAGGGCUUGAGUCCAGUAGGACUGGCCGCGGCCUUAUUGGCAUGUGGAGGGUUAACAAAAGUAAAGCUUCAUGUUUCACUAAGAUCUCUGUUACCUGAGCUGCUCAUCAGACAUGUAGAAGCACGUGGAUGCGUGUUUGAAUGGAGAGAUAAAGUGUUUCAGGCUGAAUUGGACCCGAAGUGUUGGAAAUUACAGCUAGAAGAUCUGAUGCAAUAGGAUUUUCUUAGGCUGUCUGAAGUUGAUAAAGAUGAUAUGCACAUUGCAUAAGAUAUCCAAGUUAUUGAAGAAUCUCACAUCUCUCAGAUGUAAGAAGUAUCUAUUAUCCAUUCACUUCUCGUUACCCUUCCACUUAUACAAGAGGAAAGUAAAACAAUAAAAGAAAGGAGCAUGAAAGAUCUUAGAAGUAUUUUGUUUAGUCCAUUGCAGGCUACAAAGCCCUUGCAACAGAGGUAACUGAGUGCCUUCUGUUAGUCCCAUCAACAAGGAACUUGUGUUUCGGAAUGUCACGUUAAAGGUCACAAGUAAUUGUUGUCCUUGGUAGAAUCUUGCAUCCCUUUUUGUGUGUAAGAAGCUGGGUCAAUCAAGUGUAUAAAAACUUUGUAACCCAUUUGAUCAAGCUUCAUCAAUUUUUUUGGGUUCUACCAAAAGUUAGAGUAUUCAUAGUGUAUAAAAUUUGUAAUUUCCUAUUUUCUUUUAUCCCAGAUUGGUACUCUAACACUUCUGAGUCAUUGACUUCGUUUUUUGGACAAUAUUUUCUUACUUAAUAAGAAUGGAAGAUUUUUCAAAUAUCA